AUGAGCGGACGCAGGCGAAGGGCGUCGACAUCGAGUGUCGAAACUGUUGAUGGGGACAAGAUCCGCUGGUUGCAAGAGUCCAAUGUCGUCAGAUCGCAACCAAAGGACGUCCACAAGGAUAACUAUCCUUGCCUUGAGCUGCGAAAUGCCACCGUCUAUGACAGGAAAGGCGAGGUGCUCGAGAAUGCCCUCGAUGUCGCUGUGAGAGGCCCGUAUAUCGUGCGAGGCUACCUCAUCAUGGAGGAUGCUUCAGACAGGAGACUUCUUAUCAUGAAGGUCCGAUCAUCCACUCCCAUAGAGAUUCGCCAAUGCAUCGCUUAUUCGAUCGGAGAAGCGCCAGGAGCGCGCCCCCUCGUGUGGGCGCUGGGCCGAGGAGCUUGGUACGAGAUUAACCCUUCAGAGGCCUAUCGCCCAAUAUUCAACAAGAUGUGCGAAGCCACGACCAUGUACUAUAACCUGGUGGAUAUAUAUAACUCAAAGCGACUAAGCCAAAUUCCGAAGGCAUCAGGUUCAGGCCUUCUAGAAGCUCUUCACGAUGACUUUCUGCAGUAUGCCAUGAAAACUGGCGACGGGGCAACAUUUAAUGAGGUCUUGGAGCGGUGUGCUGAGCACGCCAUUUUCUUGGUUUGUCAAUUCACACAGGAAUCUCUCGAACUCAUUGACUGGAAACAAACCCCAUUCUAUAAAUGGUUCACAAUUGAGCAUGCCGAUGUGGUACAUAAAACCAUGGUAGCACUCAAGAAUCCUCGAAAAGCGCGCAGUCCUUCACCACGUGAAAGAGCGAGUCCAGCACCAAGCAACAGGUCCUCAAGUCGCAUUGCCAGGAGCGUCAGCAUGGACAAAGUCGACUCUGAUCAAAUCCAACUGUCAAGGCGAUCGAAACCAGCCUCAAAUAUGGAUGUGGCUACUCCUAACAUCACUGUCCAGCAACCAGCAAUCCAUACUCAAUCUGCUGAUGCUGCCACGACCACUGCGCACGAAGAUCAAACUCCCUUUGCCUCCGUUCUCUCUGCAGUAGAGGAGAUAUGCGAGCAGCGAGUUGGGUCAAAACGAGGCAUCUCUGGAACCACUACGCUUAAUACCCUCUACUUUGAUUACAAGUUCCCUAUGUGGAAAGACGGUUCUGCGGGUUCCCACAAAAUCCCUGUUCAAGAAGUACUGCACUAUAAUGCUGCUGCUUUGUUGCAGAAUUUAGACAAGGACAGGUUCCAGGCGUUGCAACUUUGGUCAUACCUAGAGGAAUUGGCAGAAAAACCGUUCAACCCACGCGCUAUAAAAAUAUCCGAGUUCCCUUACCGCUUGGUGCGACGCGAUAAAACUCAGCGUUCAUCAAAGCAGCCAGUGCCAUCCGCUGUUGAGGGGGAAUCUUCUCCGCGUGAAACCGACGACUCACCUCGCCCCAUCGGGAAGACCGUGAAGCGUCCUGGCCGGAGACCAGGCAAGACAUCUAGCUUGCGAACGGUGGCUUCUUCCAAGAAACGAACUUUCGCCGAAAUUGGAGAUGAUAGCGAGCCGGACUCCGAAUCCUCGGGCUUGAAACGAUCACAUUACUUCUCUGACCGAGAGGAAGAGCAAGAGGAAGAUGUUUCCAUGCAGGAAUCAACUGUAGCACACAUCCCCAGGGACGCUGUUCAAGCUGCUCCGCUACGACCUGAAAACUUAGAGCCCAUCCAGAUAGUGAUUCGAACGGAGAAAAUACCCUCCACAGUUCCUCGCGGGCCCGGCGACGCCUGGACGUGCGACCAGGACGACUGUACCUACGUUGUAAGAGGUGGCGAUGCUGACGGAUGCCAAGCCCGAAUCCAAAAACACUUUGAAGAGCACCAGGAGCAAACCAAGAGGCUCAAUCUAGCAGUCACUGAAAGCUCCCGCGGCCACAUGCCAAUCAAGUAUGCCUACUUCCCACCGUUUCUGAUUCUCGUUGAGUUCCCUCCUCCUACAGAUACAGCAAAAACAGCUGCCCCCAAUGUUGACCCUCGUCCUGAUUCACUAAAUUCUCUACCACCCUCAUUAUCAUCAUCAUCCAUCAACACCACUCACUCUUCUCACUCAUCGAAUCCCACAACAAUCGAGGCCUUUCCAUCCCCAAGCCCACCGCCCAACGGAAUACCAGAUCUUAGUGGAUCGGCAAAGGAGUCUUUCCGUCAACUAGUUGAUACAUUUCGCCGCCGCCCUCAACCUGUAUCUGAUAGAAUUGCGAGUCUAACACUCUUACAGUCAUUUACUCGAGAAACUCAAACGGAUGGGCGAAAAAACGCAGCCGCCUGUCAUAUCGGGCGGGACGAUGCCGCAGCCGAUCAAGAGGAAACUGAUAGCAUGACACUACAGCUCGACGACGACGAAUAA